CGAAACAACCCAAGCCGAGUGGUGUCAAUUCGUGGGGUAAUUCCCCGUUUGUGGCUUAGUUGGGGCUUUGGCCGUCUCCCGGAGCCCCUUUCGUCCAUUUGACGUCACAAAUGGCCCCAAAAGUGUGAAAAAUCGUGCAAAAAGCGCAAAAACUGGUGCUUUUUUGUCCGUUGUGUUGGCGUUCGGCGACGCCAAGCCGCAUGGUACCAUGGGAUAAUCAUGUACGUCUGUGACAAGUGAAACAAUCGAGUUUGAAGGUAAAAAUAAACACAGGUUGGGUGUGUUUUCUGGCCCAUUUCGGCCCAUGGUAGCCCCCUUGAGCGCGCCCCCGUCCCAUUGAGCCCCCUCGGCGCCUCUCCGGCCGCAGUUCGCGCGCAGAUCCCUGUAAUCGGGGCUCCAAAUACGAAGUAAAUCGGCUUUUUUAGGCGAGAAUUAAAUGACACGGGCAAAAUGACCGACGAAGAAGGCCCCAAGUACAAGGACGGUGACAUUGUUUGGGUGAAAUUGGGGCCCUGUUGGUGGCCGGGCGAAGUCACCGAAGACGCCCCCGAAGACUUCACCGCCAAAAAGCCACCAUUAGCCAUCGUCAAGUUCUUCAACGAGGCCACUUAUGAAUUUGUCAAGAGCCACAACCAUAUUUAUUUUUACAAUUGCGAGCGCAAAAAUGAGUUUAUCAAAAAAGGAAUGGAUUCCUUCCGUGCCAACAACCCCCACAUGGAGAAAUUUCCAGGCGACGUUAGUUUGGCCGAAAUACGCACAGAUGGCAACCCUAACAUUCUCUCAGACCCGAUAUUCGCCCCCCAAAAGAAAAGUAAUAUCAUUGCAGAGGUGUUUGGCAGCCCUGCACCCAAAAAAACCCCAAAAGACGGCCGAGGACGCUCGAAAAAUUCGUCCAAAAAGCCCAAAGUUAACAUAACCCAUCGCCGAUUUCUCGGUUUAGACGAUUACGAGUCACAUAUUCGUGUCCAAUUUCCGGGAAAAGACGUCGAAAAUUCCAGUGGUGAUGAAGAAAUUGUUAAAUUGAACGCUGAACCCGAAAAAACGUUCAAUUGUUCGUCUUGUAGUUUUCAAACGAAUCGAAUUGAUGUGAUGUUGUUUCACGUUCAGUGUCAUAUUAAAGGAAUCGCAUCACCUGGGCCGGUUAAGAAGAAAACUGCACCAAAAAAGAAGAAAUCGAAGAUUAUUAAACAUAUAACUUCCGAUGACGAUCACACGAAUUCAAGUUCUGCCUUCCUUGAUACAGACACUGACGAGGAAGAAGAAGAAAAACCGAAACCGAAACGAAGAAGACGAACGGUUUCACCGAAGAAGAAACCCAAACGAAAAGAAGAACCAACUGUUGAUAUUCGCACCGACCUUUUGGCCGAAUGGUCCGAUAGUGAAGAAAAUGAAGCAGAAGAAGCCGAAACUAGCAAAGAAGAAAAUGUUUCGAACGAAGAAACGAAGAAUGAUGCUAAAGAUUUGAACAAAUCGUGCUUCGAUUUCGACGAAGAAGAGGAAGAAAAUGAAGAUAUGGGUGAAACAGCAACUGGACGUAAAAUCCCACGUGUAAUUCCCCCAAAAUCGAGCGAACUUGAAGAAACCGGAAGCGAAUCAACUGAAGCAACAAACGAAGAAUUCAAAGAUCUGAUGGAAGCAACAUCGGUUCCCGAACUACCAGAAGUACCAAAACCACAGAAUAAUCUCAAAACGGAAGUUGCAACGAAAUUAACAAACCCGAAGAAACGUUUCGUUAAAUCGUUUGAAGAUUUCGAAUUGUUGCAAAACGAGCAACGCAAAGCACAAGAAGAAGAAGAAAAGAAUAAGGGAAAAGAAGAACACAAAACGGCCGAGUCCGAAACUGUUGAAGAAAAGGCCGAAUCGAAUGAAGAAAGUUCGAAAGAUGCCGAAAAAGUUGAAACAAUUGAAGAAAAAACUGAAGAAAAGGAAAAAAUUGAGGAGGAAAAAAUCGCCUCAAAUCUACAAAUAUCAAAAUUAAAAUGUCAAAUUAUGUCGAAACUUGGCGAUGAAGAACAAGAACUGUCGAAGAAAGUGGCGAAAACUUCGCACAGAUCGCCACGAAGUAAAAUUCUGGAAUCGUAUCGAAAAGACAAGAGGAAAAGUGUCGAAGAUGAAGAAGAAGCGAAGAAAGUCGAACCGGUGAUUGAAGAAAAAGAAGAAGAAGAGAAGAAACCGGUCGAGGAACCGGCUGAAGAAGAGAAGAAACCGGACAAGGAAAUCGACGAUUAUCUCAAUGAGUUCCUUUUCGAUUUUCCGAAGAAGGAAGAAGAAGAAAAGGAGAAGAUCGAACCUGAAGAAAGCUCGAACGAGGUUCGGAUCAAGUCGGAUUCGGGCGACAUGGAUAUUGCGAUUAAAACCAAUUUGAGUAAUUUUAACAAAGAUGAGGAGGAAAUGUCAGCGCUGAGUACGCUAGCAAUGGUUUCGCAAACGGUCGAAGAAGAAGAAAAGGAAGAAAUCAAGUUACCGUUUGUUGAAAAACCCGAAACUGAGAUGGUACCAAUCGACGGUAACUUGACCAAAGUAUCGGAGAAGGAUUUAGCCGAUGGUCAAGUUGAAAUCACCGCAACUUGCAAAAAACCGGUCACUUUGACUAGUUUUUCCAUGGAUUUCCCCGACUGUAAUAAUAGUAAUAGUGAAAGUACAACGAGCGAAGCGAGUGAGUCAAAACCAGUCGAAGAACCGCCGAAAAAUGACGAUCUAAUGGAUUUGGAAGAACACAUACCGUCACAAAUUGUCGAUAAAAAACCGAAAGAAGAAGAAGAACCAGUGGCGACGUCGAAACUACUCGAACGUCUGACCGAAAAACCGAAAAAAGUGCCUAAAGAUAAUAGUAGUAGUAGUACAAAAGUGACAAAGAAAUUCGUAAUCAAGUCGCCACCAACGACUAGUUCCAACAACAAACCGGUUAUUUUAUCCGAGAAGAUUAUUAAACCGGUUAUAACCACUGCUUCGGUUUCGGUUCAGAAAGUCACUUCGAAGCGAAAUCUCCACGAUCCGGACGAAAUCGACGCUUUUAUUAUCCAGAAAGGUAACAAAACACAAGAAGAUGAAGAAAGUGACGAAACACCGGUUAAAAAACUGAAGAAAAGUGCCGUUUCGUCGACUUCGGUGAAGAAACGCGGGAAAGCGAAGAUCCUGCAACAGACUAUAAUCACACCAGCUGGGGAAAUCAUCCAACCAGGUGUGCCAACCACUGACGACAACAACGUCUUCGACAUCAAUUCAAUGCCAAUUGUUCUCUCCGAUCAAAUCCUAACACCUGAAUCCAUUGAAAAUAUGCCAAUUUAUUUAUCCGAAGCGCCAACUGAGACGCCAAAAAUCGUCAAAAAACCACCACAAACAACUCAAAUGCGUGUUUUAAAUAAAUCGAUUGCAACGCCAACUCCCGGCACUAAGUUGAUUAAAACACCGAAAAUUUUGGGCUCGAUUGGUGGCACCACCACCAAAUUGAUUAAACAAAAUUCCUUUAGUCCUAAACAAAAAUUCGUGAUUGUAACACAACCACCAACCACUGGCACGACUACUAGUAAAUACACCGUGGGUAAAAAAAUAAUCAAGAGUGCGGCAACGUUGACUAAAGUACAAAAUAUUGCACCGGAACCGAGUGGUAAUAAAAUAAUGAUUUUGACUGAUCAACAAGGACAACAACAGAGAGUGCUUCUGACGCCAGCGCAACAAAAAAUGAUGGGGUAUCAGAAUCAGGGGAAGGUCAAGACUGUGAUGAAAGGUAAUAUAAUCCAGAAGGCGAAGGACGGUUCAGUGGCGGGCUCCAGCGGCCUAGUCACAAAAACAGUGACACCAAGUCGCAUCAAUUCAUUGAUCUCGUCAAAUCGGCCAAUCACCGGCCGUAAAAUCCAAAUGCAAAGUCAAAAAGUACCAAUCAAACCACCGCAAAAAACCAUCCUCAUUAAAAACCAACACGGUCAAACCGUUCGUAAAAUCCAAGGCACCGACGACGCUCUUUUAGACAAACAAGUCGCCGAACAAAUCGAAGCGAUCAAAGCAAGCGGCGUAUUACAACAAAAACAAAACACAACAGCAACACCGAAAACAGUAACAACCACACCAACCGUGCGACGUUCCUACGUCAAAAAAAUCGAAAGUAGUCCGAAAAAAACCGAACCUGCUGUACCACCACUCGCGCCAAUUUCGCCGAAAAAACCCGAAAGUGAAUCGAAAGACAAUAAACCGGACCGAGCCCUACAUCAGUUGGUAAUCCAGGACGCCAUGGGCAACCAAACUACGAUCACAGAAGGCCAGAUUUUGGCAUUGCCGAGUGAGACAAUCGAUGGGCAGCCACAGUCCUACAUGUUGGUAACAUUGGACGAAAGUGGCAACUUGACCCCGCUUAAUAACGAAGCCCUGUUGUCACUUGAUCCGAAUCUGGGAUUGGGGGGCGAUUUAGGCAACACUGUGCUGCAAAUUGAUCAAAAUAACGCCACGAACACACAAACUGAGACGGUGGAAGCGCCACCGAAAAGUACCGAGGAAGAAGGCGCUGCACGAGCCGAAGAAGAAAAGGCGCAACAAGCAGGCGACGGCCAGCAGUUGAUUGUGACAGGUGAUCCAAUAGCCGCCCAAAAAUUCUUAGAAUCACUAACUGAAGGCAACACUGACUUGGCCAAUAUCCUGGCAAGUGCCGAAGGCUCAAGCAUUUUAAUACAUGCUGACGGUCAACAAAUCCUAAUCAACACGGAUUCCGACAAUCAAAUGUUACUCUCCGUCAACACGGAUAAUUUAAACAUGGCGGAAAGUAGCGAGGGUGGGGGUAAUCCAAUCUUCGCCACCCAACCGUCGAAAAAUCAAGACAUCCUUGCCGCCGCCUUGGCCGACACUGAUGUCUUUCAAGGCGAGCAAAACAACGGCCAAAAACUGAGCCCCAACAGUAGUUUAUAUCCAAUGAAUGUUGGCAAUGUCCUCGAGACCAGCCUGACCUUGAAUUCACCAAUCAUGACACCGCUGGAAGUGCCGAGCACCAAUAGCAAGAAAAUCGACGAGAGCGAUAUUCUGGCGCCGGUACCGAAAUCAGUCGAUCUACCAAUCACAAUCACCGAUCCGAAUAUCUCGCAAACGGUUGCGCAGCAACAAGUCGCGUUGCCGGGCAACUUGGAGCUGGCGUUGCCAAUCAGCGAGUCGGCCAUUGUCACGUGCUCCGACAUGUCUUAUUAUUCGCUGUCGGACCGAAGUAUGCCGAUCUUGACCGAGGAUGACGACAAGGCGAAGGGCGAGGAUGAGGGGUUGUGCACAUUGGGGGGCGAGAUGUGCAGUUCGUUGAGUGAACCCCCGCCUGAUAUGUUCGAUUUAACGGCCGUUUUGUCCUCUCAGAAGGAAAAGGACGAGUCGAAUCCGGGUUCGGUCACUGAGACCAGUAGUCCGAAUACGUUGAAUGAGGAUUCGUGUGAAAUACCGGUACAGCCGGAGAUUGUCACGAAGUUGGACGAGGAGAAAGAGGCGAAUUCGACUGAGGUUGUGUAAAUAAAACUGUAAAAAAGUGGAGGGGGCUGUAUAUAGUUGUUGUUAUGUACGUGUGUACAUAAGGAUGCUUCUUUUUUUAUUCAUAUCUUUAAUUGUAGGUAAAAUAUGUAUGCACAUUAUGCUUAUCGUAGUGUAUGUUAGUGUAGCUCCAUGUGUCAUUUUUCGUGUGAUGAAGUUGGUACUGGAUAGGAUUUUAAUCUUGUUUAAGUAAGCUUAGAGGUAAAGUUCUUUUCAAUAAUUACGUUAUGUAUAAUUUUAUUGUAAUAAAAAAUUAAUCAGA